CGAGAGGGGGCUGGGGGACGGUUGCCCCGAGGAGUGAGGUCUCUCCUGCCCGGACCCUCCUUCCACCCUCACUGCAGCUUCUGUGCGCGUGGGGCCAUGCGGGGCCUCCGUGGGCUGGUGCUGCCUGUGGCCCUUCCUGCUCGCUGCCUGCUUGGUGUCCCUGCCGUAUGCUGCCCAGGGCUGGGCUCACAGUAGCUCUGAUCCUUCUCUUUCAGGCCGGCUGGGGACCUUCUCCGCUUCUCUUCGCUUCCCCUCUGGGGGCCCUUUAGCUGCCCCUGCACCGCACCUUGCUUCCGGCUAUGCCUGAGAAGGAGCCGUGGCCAGUGGGGCCUGGCUCAGCACCCAGGACCCAAGUCGGCAGCUGUGACAGCAUGAAGAGCCCUGCCUCCGCCUGCUCUGGAUCUAGUGACAGCAGCUUUGACUUCCUGUCUGCUGAGGAGAAGGCAUGCCUGCUCUUCUUGGAGGAGACCAUUGGCUCCUUGGACACUGAAGUUGACAGUGGACUGUCCACUGAUAAGUCUGAACAGGUCACAAUCCCUCAAGCACCUGCAGCUCUGCCCACCACACAGCCCACCUCUCAGGGAGCUUCUGAGGGGCUUGUCCAGGCACCUAACCGGAAACAGAGUGCCAAGGUCCCAGCUGGAGAGGCAGUACUGGGUGAAGUUCUCAUCCCCCCACCAGAGGGGUUCCGGGACGUCCGGCCUGCGCUGAGCUCAGAGCCCCAACUGCCCUCCGGAUCAGGGCAGCAGCUCAGAGCCCUGCAGAGAGAAGAGACUCGGUCAGAGACCAUGGCCCAGAGAGCCAAUGAGGCAGGAAGUACCCGGGCUCCUUCGGGAGCGUCCUCCCAGGAUAGAGCUCAAGAGAGUAUAGCCAAGUCAGGGGGUGACCCAGAGACCCUGGCCCUCAUCACCACCCCCAAGGCCCGGAAACUGCCUCCAAACAUUGUUCUCAAGAGCAGCCGCAGCAGCUUCCAUGGGGACCAGCAUACCUGGCUGGCCCGUCCUUCUGAAGCUAUCUCCGGGGACUCUGGCCUGGCCUCUCCGUCCCUGCAGGAGCAGAGGCGGGUGCGCCGCGAAGCUCUGGAGAAGCUGGGGCUGCCCCAGGACCAGCAGGAGCCUGGUGCUCAUGUAAGCAAGCACGGCAAGCUCAGGGACCUCCGUGCUCCAGGCCCGGCUCUGCCUACAGCACCCGCUCAGCCCACACCUCCCGUUCUGGCCCCUGGAGCCCCCCAGGUGCCUCCUCCAGGAAAGGCUCCUCCCCAGCGUUCUUUUCCAGACAAGGCCCAGACUCCUGCCCAGGAUCCCGCUGCAGGGAAGACUCCGGUGCUCACAUCCAGGCCCAUUCCUAUUCUGAAGUCUCAGGGGUCCCAGAGCCCCCCAGCUCUGCAGAAACUCGGCUGGGAGAAGCCUUUGCGGGAGAGCGGCCUCCCUGGUCUGAGGCAGAUGAGCUUCAAGUCCAACACUCUGGAGAGGUCGGGCGUGGGCCUGAGCAGCUCCUUCUUUGCAAAGAAGGGUCCCGGCCCCCAAGCCAGCAGCUCUCUGGAGAAGGCCUCCUUCCUGGACAAGACCUUCUCUGAUGCCCAGCGUCGCCAUCGUCCCCGCCCUGCCUCCCUGGGCACUGGCAAGGACUUUGCAGGCAUCCAGGUGGGCAACCUGGCCGAGCUGGAGCAGGAGCAGACCUCCAAGCACCUGGCCUACCACGGACAGAGUCGUGACAAGCUGCCCCGCCCUCCCUGUGUCAGUGUCAGGAUCUCCCCCAAAGGGGUCCCUGAUGAGCACAGAAGGGAGGCCCUGAGAAAGCUGGGCUUGUUGAAGGAGUAGAAUGGUGGCCAGCAGGGCCAGAGGAUCCCACAUUUCCAUGAGGUGCCUUGGAAGUGCUGGGAGAG